UGGCUGAGCGGGCCAGGCACUGCCCCACGCUCGAACAGCUUCAACCAACCCGCUCGCUGACAGCGGCGUGUUUCCCGCUUGACGAACUCCCUCCAUUCACCAAGAAGCUCCAGGACCUAACGGAAGGCCGCGGGGGCCUGCAGCAUCACCAAGAAAACACGGCAGCCUUGAUCGGGGACAGCCGGGGCACGAUGGCGGCGACGCAGGUGCAGCCCUUGGCCAAGUACAAGUUGGUGUUUCUUGGCGACCAGAGCGUUGGCAAGACCAGCAUCAUCACGCGGUUCAUGUACGACAAGUUUGACACGACAUACCAGGCCACCAUCGGCAUAGACUUCCUGUCCAAGACCAUGUACCUUGAAGACCGCACUGUGCGGCUGCAGCUCUGGGACACGGCGGGGCAGGAGCGCUUCCGCAGCUUAAUCCCCAGCUACAUCCGCGACUCCUCGGUGGCGGUGGUGGUGUAUGACGUGACGAGCCGCCAGUCCUUCCUCAACAUCCAGCGGUGGGUGGAGGAGGUGCGUGCAGAGCGGGGCAGCGACGUCAUCAUCGUGCUGGUGGGCAACAAGACAGACCUGGUGGACAAGCGGCAGGUGUCGAUAGAGGAGGGCGACGCCAAGGCUCGCGAGCUGAAUGUUAUGUUCAUUGAGACCUCCGCCAAGGCCGGGUUCAACAUCAAGGCGCUGUUCCGCAAGAUCGCCGCCGCGCUGCCGGGCAUGGAGGCGCUCAAUAGCGCCAAGCAGGAGGAUUUGGUUGACAUCAACUUGGCGCCAUCCUCAGCAGCAAAGGCAGGCGCAGGCGGCUCGGCCGGCUCCACGUGCGCAUGCUAGCGGCCUCCGUGCGGUGCCUGCGCUGCUGCUGCCGCCUGCGGACAUUAGCCUCCGGCGUUAGCCUCGGCGCCUGCAGCAACACGGCGUUCCUGCCAUGGCAGCACGUGUUUGAGCCGCUGCAGUUCCAUUCCGUGUGUCGUUUAUUGGGUGACGAUGCGGGCCUUGGCGCCGCGAUGUUCCUUCUGUAGCCUUUCCUCCUUCCGAACGCUGACUUUGUAAACCCAACGUGGCU